GGCGGCGGGGCGAGGAGGAGGAGGGGAGGAGGAGGAGGAGACUCGGCCGCAGCGCCCCGGCCCGCGCGGGCCGCGCCGACACCGCCGGGUCCCCGGCUGCAGGAGGUGAGGCCAUGCCCUAGGCCAGCCGCGCCAUGAGCCAAAGCGGGGCCUCCUCUCGCCUGGCCGGCUCGCCGCCGCUGCCGGGGGGCUCGCUGCUGGCCCUGCUGGCCCCCGAGCCCUCGCCGUCCCCCCCCAGCGGGACUCCCUCGCCCGGGCCCCCGCCGGCGCUGCUGGAAGGGGACUGGGAAGGGCGGGAGGAGCUGCGGCUGCGGGAGCUGGAGGAGGCGCGGGCGCGGGCGGCGCAGAUGGAGAAGACGAUGCGCUGGUGGUCGGACUGCACGGCCAACUGGCGGGAGAAGUGGAGCAAGGUGCGGGCCGAGCGCAACCGGGCGCGGGAGGAGGUGCGGCAGCUGCGGCACCGGCUGGAGGCGCUCACCAAGGAGCUGGCCAGCCUGCGCCGCGACCGGGACCGGGACCGCGACCGGGACCGGGACCGGCCGGACGAGCGCCCGCCACCGGCACCGGCACCGGGCAGCGCCGGCAGCCCGGCCGCGGAUGGAGCAGAGGGGGACGCCGGCCCUGAGCAAGAGCCUGUGCGGGAUGUGGGCACUGAGGUGCCCCAAAAAGCCAAGGAGCUGGAGCUGAUGGAAAACAUGUUGCCGAGCAAGCAGGAGGAGAGCUGGGAGCAGCGGGGCCCCCGCGCCUCCUUCAGCCGCCAGGAGCGGAGCCGCCUGCUCUGGGAGGACGUCAGCGUCGUGGAGGAGGAUGCCACCAAAGUCACCGCCCUCAAGCUGAGGCUGGAUGAGUCCCAAAAAGUGCUGCUCAAGGAGCGGGAGGACAAGCUGGCACUCAGCAAGAACAUUGAGAAGCUGGAAGGAGAGCUCAGCCAGUGGAAGAUCAAGUACGAGGAGCUGAACAAGAACAAGCAGGAGGUGAUGAAGCAGCUCAACAUCCUGAAGGAGAUUCAUCAGGACGAGCUGGGGCGCAUCUCCGAGGACCUGGAGGAUGAGCUGGGUGCUCGCUCCAGCAUGGACAAGAAACUGGCUGAGCUGCGUGCAGAGAUGGAGCGGCUGCAGGCAGAGAACGCAGCUGAGUGGGGCCGGAGGGAGCGCCUGGAGACGGAGAAACUCAACCUGGAGAGGGAGAACAAGAAGCUGCGGGCACAGAUCGAGGACCUGGAGGAGGUGCUGGCUCGCAAGCGGCGCCAGACAGCCAGUGCCCUGGACACUGACCUCAAAACCAUCCAGGCUGAGCUCUUCGAGAAGAACAAGGAGCUGGCUGACCUGAAGCACAUCCACACCAAGCUGAAGAAGCAGUACCAGGAGAAGAUGGCCGAGCUGGCCCAUGCCAAUCGCCGCGUGGAGCAGCACGAGGGAGAGGUGAAGAAGCUGCGCCUGAGGGUGGAGGAGCUGAAGAAGGAGCUGGCCCAAGCCGAGGAUGAGCUGGAUGAGGCCCACAAUCAGACGCGGAAGCUGCAGCGGUCACUGGACGAGCAGACGGAGCAGAGCGAGAGCUUCCAGGUGCAGCUGGAGCACCUGCAGUCACGGCUGCGGCGGCAGCAGAGCGCUCCGCUCUUCGGCAAGAUGCGCAGCGCCCGCUUCGGCCCCGACGACGCCGGGGACGGCACCAGCGACCCCGACGAGGAUGAGGACCUGCAGAUACAGGUGCCCUAGAGCCCAGGGCCAGUGCCACCACCGCAGGACGUCCCACGUCAGUCCUCUGCAUUCAGUGCAUGUCGCCACGGGGCUCAGCUGUGCGGUGACCCUUGUAUAGAUGGGGAAACUGAGGCACGGAGCGGUGGGGAGAAAUUUGCCCGGGGUGCUCCAAAACCCACUGCCUCUUGGACAGUACUGGAUGCCCCUUCGGCCACUGGCAGCUCCUGGAGCACUGAUGUGGCCACCAAAGCCAGCGUCACUGAGCAGCCCAGGAGGAGGAGGCACAGGCAGAGAGAGGCACCAAGCCUGCCAGCCACGAACUGCCCACUUCUUUUUAUAUAUAUUAUAUAUAUGUAUGUAUUUGUAUAUGAUUUUUUAUUAUAAAUACAGAGCCCAGAUGGGCACAGGCUCUGG